CACCCGAUUCUAACACCCGAUAUCCGAAUAUCCAGAACACGGCCCGCCCAAUUAAAGCGCUAAAGCCGUAAGCUUGCUGUUUUACACUUAUCUUCUUCUUCGGCGAAUGGUAAAGCAGUAGCAACUCGAGCUCUGCGCAAUACUUUGCCACGAGAAGAUAAUCUCCUUCGCCCUGACUUUUCACCCACUUCUGAAGUAUAUCCAAUUCUUUAACCUGUUGCUAAAAUGUUGAAUACUUAAGUAAAACAAUAAACUCCAAAAAGGCCUUUUUUAAAUUUCAUACAAGGAAAAACAAAUGGCUUCAAUUUGCACUUCAAAUCACCCAAAUUUUCACUUCCUAUGCAGAAACAACCCUAAUUCAAACCCUAACCCUAGUUCAAUCUCUCAUCAUCACCUACUACUAGCUCCGUCUUCUCUCUCUUUCUCCCGUUUGCGGUUGUGCCAUUGCGCGGCGGUGAAGACCGGUUCUGAAAGCGGUGGGGUUCGGAGCGAUAACGCGGAGCUGUUGCGGAAGCCGGUGAUUUCGACGGGGUUGGAGUCGUCGUCAUAUGCAGUUGGCGAUAGGUUAAGUCCUGAUCAUCAGAGAACUAUUCUACAAAGGUUACUUCCAUAUCAUCCCGAAUGUGAAGAGAAGAUUGGCUCUGGAGUAGAUUACAUUACUGUAGGGUACCAUCCUGAUUUUGAAAGCUCAAGGUGUUUAUUUAUUGUUCGGAAGGAUGGUGAAUUGAUUGACUUCUCAUACUGGAAAUGCAUAAAGGGGUUAAUCAGAAAAAACUAUCCACUCUACGCUGACAGCUUUAUUCUCAGGCAUUUUCGGAGGCGUAGACAUAAUGACUGAAUGUAUCAUUUUGAACUCGUAACUACCCUGAAUUUCAUGCAACGGAAAUUCUUUUACUUUUGCCGAGCACAUUAUGCUGAAGUGUCAAUCAAAGAGUUGAAGGUUAUAAGUUGGUGUUUAUUGGAAGCUUACUGGAAUAUACACUCCAUAGAAUUGCCCUCCAACUACUUUAUCUACAAUUCUACACUCUGAAGAAUUUAAAGUUACUCAGUGAUCAACAAUGUAUUCAAGUUAGUGUAAGUUUCUUUAGAUAGCCAGGUCUCUUACUGUUUCAAAAGAAGCAUUUAUCACAUCAUAAUUGUUGAAGUAAAAGGUUGCAUUUCCAGCCUUCAGUAUUGUGUCCUUUUCUUUA